UCGGCCUUGGUUCUAGGUACAAUUUUCUUUUACUUGGUUUCGGUUUGAUAUCGGGCGGAACGGAUUCAGGACUGAAUCGGACGGACGGAUGGGAAUAUCACGGAUGGUGUUGCAUGCGAUUCUCGGCUGGAGUUGUCACUUACUACUACCCAUUUUUAUCAACACACUUCACAACUAUCAUCACGACCUUUACUUCAUCCAGCAAUGGGAUUCGGUGAUGGCUUCAGGUAACUCAACUUACAACUUACAAAUAAGCCUUCUCAAAAAUUCCCGGGUACCACAGCGAAAAGAAAUAUUAGAUACGACACCUACCUGGGGUUCUUGUCCGACAACACCACACUCCCGUUGCUGUCGAACUCGAAAGUUGCGGUGCUCCCGAGUUGCUCAUUCUCCAUCAGUGGGAACGUUGUUCCUUUCUUCACAAUCCUUCGCGUUUAUCUACAGCCAGUUGUUUCCUGCGCGUUAAACCAGCCGUGUGGUGUGGCCGAGUGCCGGGUUGUAUGUACAAGACGCAAUCAAUACUCAACUUAGUGGCCGCUUUGUCCAUUCCCAUAUUUCAACUUGAGAGC